AUGCUCGCUUUAGAUGCACCGAUUGUGCGAGGUCUCAACGACAAGCUCUACGAGCGCCGUAAAGCUGCAGCUCUAGAGCUGGAGAAAGUCGUGGCACACGCCGAUACCCCAAAGAUCACCCAGAUCAUCAAUCAGCUAUGUCAAAUGUUCACCUCGACCGCCUCCGCUUUACAUACUCGGAACGGAGGCCUGAUAGGGCUGGCUGCCACGGCGAUCGCUCUGAGUCAAGAUUUCUCGAAGUGGUUGGGGAUUGUCAUACCGAGGGUGUUGGCUUGCUUCAGUGAUCCAGAAAGCAGAGUCCGAUAUUAUGCAUGCGAAAGUUUGUACAACAUCGCCAAGGUGUGCAAAGGAGAGGUACUGGUGCAUUUCAACGGAAUCUUUGACGCACUGAGCAAGCUCUCUGCAGAUUCAGAAGCAUCUGUCAAGAACGGCGCUGAGCUUCUCGACAGGCUCCUGAAGGAUAUCGUGGCGGAGACCGCCUUGAACUAUGUGUCAAAGUAUCCUGAGAACACCCACCAUCAUCAUGGUCACCUUCACCACCGACAAGAACGCGUCAACUCGAUUUCAUCUACGCCGGCGAGGCAUGAGACUCGAGAACCUAAACCCCGGGUAGCGUUCUCGCUCGCCAAAUUUGUGCCUCUGCUCUCAGAACGAAUAUACGUGAUCUCGCCAUUCACUCGCAGCCAUCUCAUUAGCUGGAUCACCAUUCUCGACUCGAUACCCGAUCUGGAACUCGUGAGCUAUCUGCCGGAGUUUUUGGACGGCCUACUGAAAUACCUGUCUGAUCCCAAUCCGGAUGUCAAAAUCGCGACCGAGAACGUCCUGUCGGACUUUUUGAGAGAGAUCAAGCACAUUGCGCGGGUUCAAGCUCGACAUGACGGCUAUGGACACGGCGAGGGCGUUCCACCAACAGGGCGAACGACGGGUUACACAUCCGGUUAUGGACAUGGAAGACGCACAUCAGAUAUUCACGGCGGUAAUAUGAGCGGUGGAUAUUCGCUCAGACGCCGAGGCAGCAAAUUGACGAUGAAUACGGAUUCGAGCGAAAUCGACAGCAACUAUGCUGGUACGGGUACUACGGGAGGGGAUGGGGACCGUGAUCGCGAUGUGGCCAGCCCAGAUGUUGGGCAUCUUGACGAUCUACGCGAGGAAGAUGAAGACGGACAUUCUCGGCGAAAGCACCACCGGUAUAUGAGCGAUGGGGAUGGGGAAGUUGGAAACAAUUCAAUGAUGACCAGUCAAGAUGCCGAGGACGAUGAGGUAGAUGACGAUCUUGAGGAGCAUGGGGCUUGGAUACCCGGUCAAGGAGUCUUUGUGGACUACGCAUCGAUCAUGGAUAUCAUGGUUCAGCACCUGUCAUAUCCAGACGAGCAAAUCCAGUCAAUCUCGCUCAAAUGGAUCGCCAGCUUCCUUACAUUCGUACAAGAAGUCAUGGUACCAUUUACCCCGAGACUUAUUUCGGCAAUCCUGCCAAAUCUCGCGCAUCAUGUACCAUACAUACAAAGCGUGGCCAACGAGACCAACCAGUUGUUAUAUCGAGUAAUACAGGCGCUGCCCACACCCCAAACCGUGCCUUCCUCAGCAACACAAGCGGUCCCGUCGACCUCUGCAGCAACUGCCCCACAGACGGCUUCUAUACCAACCGGCCAACCUGGCUCAUCAGCAGCAGCAACACCCACCUCAGCUCCAAACUCACUGAAUAUUUCGCCAGCGAAUGUUCGAAGAGACACCGCUCCUGCAGAGCUCCCUGGCGAGACUCACGUACGCCGGAAGAGCUUGGAAAUCGCUGCAUCAGACCUCAAGCCAAGUGACAGUCAGCCCAACAUAUCUAACCUUGGCAGUACAUUGAAACCGAAAAGUAUCGCUGUCAAUCCUGUCCCUGGCGAGGCUCAAACGCCCGUAACGUUUGAGUUCCCAAACAAGCCAAGCGGCCAACCUCCGUCGGCGAUUGCUAUACCCGUCAGCAAUCCGGGCAUGUCGACAAUCUCGCAGCAGCAGCAACACAAGCACGAUUCAAUUCAGUCUUACUCGAGCGACGAGGAUCCCUUUGAUGCCCGGGAGACCGUCAAUCAGUUAACUUUACAGUUCUUGAGUGAGCACGAGGAGACUCGUAUAGCUGCUUUGGAAUGGCUUUCUAUGCUACAUCAGAAAUCGCCGAAGAAGAUUCUCGCCCGAGAUGACGGUACAUUCCCGGCACUCCUAAAGACGCUCUCUGAUCCAUCGGAAGAAGUCGUCAAACACGAUUUGCAACUGCUGGCCCAGAUCUCAGCAAACUCGGAUGACGGAUACUUUGCAAGCUUCCUGGUGAACUUGCUGGAAUUGUUCAGCACGGACAGGCGCUUGUUGGAGACCCGAGGCAGCCUGAUCAUUCGUCAGCUAUGUCUGAACUUGAAUACGGAGCGGAUAUUCCGCAACCUCGCCGAGAUAUUGGAAAAGAAUGAUGAUCUGGAAUUCGCCAGCUUGAUGGUGGUCAAGCUCAACAUGAUCUUGAUUACGUCGCCUGAAUUGGCCGAGUUCCGGAAACGGUUGAAGAACAUCGAAUCCAAAGAUGGCCAAAUGCUAUUCAUCUCCAUUUACAAAUCGUGGUGUCACAAUGCUGUUGCCGUCUUUGCUCUAUGCCUCUUGGCACAGGCCUACGAACAUGCCUCAGCUUUAUUGCAGACCUUUGCCGAGCUGGAAAUGACGGUAGCACUGCUCGUACAGAUUGACAAACUUGUCAUGCUGAUUGAGAGCCCCGUCUUCACAUCUCUGCGAUUACAACUGCUCGAACCGGAAAAGUAUCCUUACUUGUUCAAGUGUCUUUACGGACUACUCAUGCUGUUGCCGCAAAGCAGCGCGUUCGUCUCGCUGCGCAAUCGGUUGAAUGCCGUCAGCUCGAUGGGCUUCCUGCACAUUCCCAAGCCGGCCUACUCGCAAAGCGUCGCCGCGACUCGAUCAAAGAUUGCAACCCGAGACGAAAUCAAGUGGGACGACUUGCUUCGACACUUCCGCGUGACGCAGAACCGACACGAGAAAGCCCGCCGUCUGGAACUAGCCAACGAAAGCAAUCAUACGCACUCGGCUUCAUCCAUACACUUUGGAAGCAAUUCGAUUACGAACAGUCCAUCCGCUAAUGCUGCCACGAGCAGUCAAGCGCGACGCAGGAACGCGACGACAUCACGCAAGGAGAGCGGACACGGCUCGAUCAACAGCGUCACGAAGCCCAACUCUACUCUUUCGCCUCUAAACCCCAGACGAGGCGGGCCGGGCUCAGCGACAAACUCGACGAUGAGCACUACGGGCCAAAUGACGGCAUUGUCGCUCGGGGCGCCGUUUGCGAGCAGUAUACAGCCAGGCAUGACGUCGAGCGGACCUAUGAUCGUCAACGGGCCCAAAAGCCCUACGACACAGUCGCGACGGAUUCUGCCGGGUCUCAGAAGGAACUGA